GGAUUGAUUUGAAUUUACAUGUGAAUCAUCCAUGAAUUCGAACCCACUUAAAACCUGCCUAAACCCAACAGCAUAUCCAAACUGCUCGUCUUUUGGCACUAGAAUCCAGCAGACUGAUCCCCUCCACGAGAAAUCCCUCAUGAUCCCAAUCUCCAGCACUAAACCGUAUCUCUUCAAUCCCACCCUCUUCCCCGUUAAUGGAAAUUUCUUCGUUACUUCUCUUUCCCCACCCAACUUCAAACGCAGCCAUUUCAACAGGUACAAUGGUGUAAAGACAAGAACGGUUUCCAGCUCCACCUCUGUAACUGUUCUCUCUAACCCAAGUUCCGAUGCCACAGCGAACACCACAGCUGCUGCCCAAGUGGAAGAGCAAGAUGAGGUUGAGAUUUCUAAGGGUUACACCAUGACCCAGUUUUGUGAUAAGAUUAUAGAUAUGUUUAUGACUGAAAAACCCAAGACUAAGGAAUGGAGGAAGUAUUUGGUCUACAGGGAGGAGUGGAACAAAUAUAAAGAUAGCUUCUAUAAGCGGUGUCAAACUCGUGCAGAUACUGAGAAUGACCCAAUUAUGAAGCAAAGGUUGACUGCCCUAGUGGGGAAGGUGAAGAAGAUUGACCAGGAAAUGGGUAGACAUGCUGAGCUUCUCAAGGAGUUAGAAGAAAACCCAGAAGACAUUAAUGCCGUUGUUGCAAGAAGGCGCAAAGACUUCACUGGGGAAUUUUUCCGUCACCUUACUCUUCUUUCAGAAAGCUAUGAAAAUUUGGAAGACCGUGAUGCCAUGGCGAGGCUCGGGGCUAGAUGUUUGACUGCAGUUUCUGCUUAUGAUAACACACUGGAGUAUACGGAAACAUUAGAUGCUGCCCAGGCCAAAUUUGAUGAUAUCCUCAACUCUCCUUCAGUGGGUGCAGCAUGUGAAAAGAUUAAAAGCCUUGCCAAGGGAAAGGCACUUGACUCUUCAUUGAUCCUCUUGAUAAAUAGUGCUUGGGCUUCAGCCAGACAGUCCACAACUAUGAAGAAUGAGGUCAAAGACAUAAUGUAUCAAUUAUACAAAACCACACAGAGCAGCCUUAGGAGCAUCGCCCCAAAAGAAAUAAGGCUGCUCAAGCGUUUGCUUAAUAUCAUAGAUCCUGAAGAGCGAUUCUCUCAAUUAGCUUCUGCUUUCAGCCCUGGAAGUGAUCAGGAAGUCAAAGACCCUCAUGGUUUGUAUACUACUCCCAAGGAACUGCACAAGUGGGUUACCAUCAUGCUUGAUGCAUACCAUCUCAAUAAAGAAGACACCGACAUAAGGGAAGCCAAGCGAAUGACACCACCUGUUGUGAUCUCAAGGCUUAUCAUCCUCAAGGAAACAAUUGAAGAGGAAUACUUGGAACGACGACAACACAAUAAAACAGAAGAUCAAGCCGAAUCAGAUGAGCAGUGAGGUAUUGUGGCUCAUCUACUCUGAAAUUUCUAGACGAAGCCUUAUGUUAUAAACUGGAAACCUUGCAACCAAAACUAUCCCAUCUUCAGCAGAUGGCUCUUCUAGCAUUGUGGAGGAAAAAAAAUAGGCCUUGGAGGGUAUGGGUGUGUUGCAGGAAGCAAUAUUUUUGACGCAUAUUCGCGUGAUUUUGAGUAAAAUAGUGCCCUUUUUUCUGGUUCCUUUUCUUUUCCCUCUGCAUGCUUUAGACAUCAUUUUCCUUGUAUUGAGAACUUGCAGUUUGUAUAGUUCUGAUGAGUUUAAUAUCAUUUAGCACUUGCAUCAGCAAGUGAUUAGGGGAGACAUUCUUGACUGAUGCAGCAUUUGUAAGCCACAUGGGAAUAGAAUGGAGCUAUUCCUGUUCAUUGAUGAUGGUAAUUUUGGAUACCCCUUACAUGAAAUAUAGUAAUUUAUAUAUUCCAUAGCA